AUGGUUUUGUGUUAUUGCAACGCUUUUCCGCACAAGGAUAUCAAAAGUGAGGGAAGUUCUCGGAUGGUGGUGGUGAUGCUGGCGGUGGAAGAUCCAUCCGUGGACGGGCAUUUAGCAUCCACUCCACGGAGGAGAGGUAGCGACGAUAUUUAGCUAUGUUUUAACCUUCAAAUGUUUUGGGCAUUUAGUUAUCUGAGGUAGUUAGUUACUGUUUGAUUUAGCUUUCAAUUUGUCUACGACCACAUAGCUAGUCAACACUAACUUAUGUCUUGCUAGCUAGGUUAGCUAACUAGCAUGUUGUAUUUAGCCAGCUAACUACUAGUAGCAUGUUGUAACUUUAGCUAACCUCAAGUAAGGUUCGCUAACACUAAGUUGUUAACGUUAGCCAGACCGUCAUAACAUUUUCAAACACGUAACUAGUAACGUCGUUAGUGUAAAGUGAGCUUUCAUGUAGUUAUCUACCCUUGAAGUUUCCUUAGUCUAGUUAAUCUUCAUAAUUUAUUCGUCAGCCAGCAUGGGAGCUAACGUCAUUUGGCUCUGAUGUGAUGAGAGUUUGUGCUAAGCUUACUAGCGAGCUAGCUAGAAACCCCGUUGCCUUCAGCUAGCAAGCUAGCUAGCUGAUGUGCACCAAAAUUGAGUGUUUUGGUUGUUUUGCUGACCAGCUUGUUGAUAGUCAGAAAAUAUAUCAUUUAAAUUAGACAUCGAGUCACACAUUGUUAUCUUACUGUUAUAAACUUGGCAUGUUAGCUAACAAACGAACUAACAUCUGCUUUGAGGCAACCUUCUCUCCCCGCCGCGGUAUGAGUGUAACGUUAGCUACACCCGGGCCUUUGCACUGGGCUUAGAUUGAUUCACCGAAUGGCGGGAGAGCAAAGCAAACACCUCCCUAUAGUUUGCCCAACCACUUGUACCAUAGUCUCGUAUUUAGUUUUUACUAACUAUUAUAUUGAAAAUUAUUUGAACUGCAUCGCUAGUCCGUUUACUUGGUUAGUGGCAAGUCUAGAUAACUGUUGAUUGCUCCCUAGUUGACUGACAUUUAUUAAAUUUUUACAGAUAAUUCCUUGAAUAACCUGGAUGCAUUUGUCAAGUUAACAGUAUGAGUAAACUAAGAACAAAGAACUAGCUGAUAGCAAGAAUACAGUUCAGUGGGGGAUAAAGUAGUUGGUGAUUAAGUCAUAGGUGUAGUGACUAUUCUUGUGGUUGUCCUUUGAUUUUGGACAUUUAUAAAGGUACUGCACAGAAUGGUUGAUGUUCUAGUAUCCGUUUUGUGUAACAGAAAGUGGCUCAUAACAUGUUUGCAGCUGGAACCAUUGUACUACUGCAAUUACUGAUAGUGAAGUAAAAGUGUAUUGAAAAACAAAUCGAUCUACACUGAACAAAAAUAUACACAUCACUUUCUGUUGGUGACAUGUUUCAUGAGCUGAAAUAAAAAAAUCCUAGAAAUGUUCCAUAUGCACAAAAAUCUAAUUUCUCUCAAAUGUUGUGCACAAAUUUGUUUAACAUCCCUGUUAGUGAGCAUUUCUCCUUUGCCAAGAUAAUCCAUCCACCUGACAGGUGUGGCAUAUCAAUAAAUUGAUUUAACAGCAUGAUCAUUACAUUUACAUUUUCGUCAUUUAGCAGACGCUCUUAUCCAGAGCGACAUACAAAUUAAUCAUGCGGGAGACAAUAAAAGGCCACUCUAAAAUGUGCGGUUUUGUGUCACAACACCAUAGAUCUCUUAAGUUUUGAGGGAGCGUGCGAUUGGCAUGCUGACUGCAGGAAUGUCCACCAGAGCUGUUGCCAAAGAAUUGAAUGUUCAUUUCUCUACCAUAAGCCACCUCCAACGUCGUUUUAGAGAAUUUGGCAGUAUGUCAAACCGGCCACACAACCGCAGACCACAUAUAAUAUCAUAAUAAUAUAUUAUAAUAAUAUGUAACCAUGGCAGCCCAGGACCUCCACAUCCGGCUUCUUCACCUGCGGGAUCGUCUGAGACUAGCCACCCGGACAGCUGAUGAAACUGUGGGCUUGCACAACUGAAGAAUUUCUGCACAAACUGUCUGAAAACGUCUCAGGGAAGUUCAUCUGCGUGCUCAUCGUCCUCACCAGGGACUUGACCUGACUGUAGUUCAGCGGGCAAAUACUCAACUUCGAUGGCCGCUGGCACGCUGGCGUAGUGUGCUCUUAACAGAUUCAUCCCGGUUUCAACUGUACCGGGCAGAUGGCAAACAGCGUGUAUGCCGUUGUGUGGGUGAGCAGUUUGUCAACGUUGUGUACAGAAUGCCCCGUUGUGGUAUGGGCAGGCAUAAGCUACGGACAAUGAACACAAUUGCAUUUUAUCGAUGGCCAUUUGAAUGCAGAGAUACUGUCACGAGAUCCUUAGGCCCAUUGUCGUGCCAUUCAUUCGCCGCCAUCGCCUCAUGUUUCAACAUGAUAAUGCAUGGCCCCAUAUCACAAGGAUCUGUACACAAUUCCUGGAAGCUGAAAAUGUCCCAAUUCUUCCAUGGCCUGCAUACUCAUCAGACAUGUCACCCAUUGAGCAUGUUUGGGAUGCUCUGGAUCGACAUGUACGACAGCGUGUUCCAGUUCCCGCCAUUAUCCAUAUACUUACUAGUUUUUUGAUCCACGCCCCUACCGAUUUUUAAGGUAUCUGUGACCAACAGAGGCAUAUCUGUAUUCCCAGUCAUGUGAAAUCCAUAGAUUAGGGCCUAAUGAAUUUAUUUCAAUUGACUGAUUUCCUUAUAUGAACUGAGUAAAAUCUUUGAAAUUGUUGCAUGUGGGAGUUUUAUUUUUGUUCAGAAAAUGUUUCAUGACCGGAGGAUGGUUGUGGGAUUGUUGUCAUCUCAUCUUCCAUACCUUGUUUUGGUUACAGGUAUGGAUGGCAAAGUCAAACCCAGCAAUGCUAACAAGAAGCUUGUUCAGGGUAAGUGAACCUUUCUGGUGUUUUGAAUGCAUAUUAGAUGGUUUUAUUUAGCAAAAGGAGACUUAUAAUACAUAAUGCUAUCAAACUAUUUGAAACAAUUCAUAGAAAUUCUAAUUUAGUAAAUUUAUAUUUCAAAUGAAUCAAAUUCGUUGUAAUAAUUUAGUGUCUUUGCUUUAUCACUCUAAAAGCUGUCAUUAUUGUUUGCCCAAAGACUUGUUAAUAUGAAAUGGAUUUAGUCCAACUUGAACAUCAGUGAUGAUAAAGGAUAUUUUCUCCUCAGCUCGCCUUCCAUUCAAGCGUCUAAAUCUAGAGCCCAAGGAGACCAUUGAGCCCAAAAGGACCUGCGCCCUUUCCCGCUCAGAGCCUGGGCUGUCAGAUGGGGAGAAUGAAUCCGAUUGCUCCCCCCUAGCCGUGCGUCACGGACCGGCCCUGAUUAAUGGCCGCGGACCCCUGGAUGGAUUCAUGAGUCGCAGCACCCAAGCGUCCCCUGCCAAAAGCAUAGUUAUUGAUCUCACUGAGGACUCCAAUUCAAGUGACCUUUUAAAGAAGCAACCUGCGACACCCAUUGUUGCCUCGUGUCCUCCGACACAAAUCAACCACCUGAGCAAAACCCUAAGUGCUGUAACAGCCACCAAAACAGAUCACACUGUCAAGAUGGAGCCCAUAGAUUGCAAGGUGGGUGAUGAACAGAAGGAAGGGGGGGACACUGCAUCCAUCUCACAGCUAGACACCACACAGGGAUCUGACACGGAGGAGGAGGAAGAAGAGGAGGAUGAAGAAGAACAAGAGGAGUCUGUCGAGGCUGAUAUGUCCAGUCAUGGGAAUGGGUCCAUGCUGUCUCCUUCAUCCACCAGCUCUCUGUCAGCGGCCGAGAGUUCCCCAGAGGCUGCUAAGACCGAGAACACUCCUACUGUCACAGUGAGUACAAAAUGGCAAUUCGAUUCAAUAAACAUUCAAUGUCAUCAGUGAUUUUUGAAUAAAUGUACAUCAGCAAUCUCCUGUUAACUUUUCAAAUCACUAUUCUGAUAUGAAAAAUUAUAAAUCUAUGUUACCUUUCUUCCUCUCAUUACAGGAGCCAAAUACCACCCCUAAAAUAGAGCAGAAAACUGUGAAAAGACGAUCUUUAAAGGUAUAAUUAGCAGCAAUAAGUCACUUCGGUAUUUCACCGCUAAUUGGCAUACUUUUGCAUCCAAAUGCCUAUUUAAACAUCUUCAUCUAGACACUUAUCUAAAACGGAAUUGUGCUUUCUUCUCUCCCAUAGAGUUUGCAGGAGCAAGAGGAGAUGCUACACCAGCGCAAAGAGAGAGAGCGGCAGCGGGAGGAGGCUAAAGAAGCUAAAGAGAAGAAGAAAGAGGAGGCUCGCAAACUGAAGGAGGAGAGGGAGAAGGAAAGAAAGGAGAAAAAGGAGAAAGAGGAAAAGGAAAAAGCAGAGAAAUUAAGAGCGAAAGAGGAGCAACGCAAAUCGAAGCAAGAGUGAGUGUUGCUUGAUCAAAAACCAGCUAGCAACAGAUCUGAAAUGUCUUGUUACUUUUAUAUUGACGCAACUGCAAAAAUUGAUUGAACGUUUAUUUAUUAAAGCAAAUGUAAUUCUUGCAAUUGACAUAUUAAGAUGAUAUAAUUUCCCCCAGGGCAAAACUUGAAGAAAAGAGAAAAAAAGAUGAGGAGAAACGGUUGAAAGAAGAGAAGGAUGUGAGUUGAUCAUUUUUAUGCUGAGGAGUGUUUCUAUUCUCUAAAUCAAAAUGUAAUGACUGACAUUUUAAAGCUUGACAAUUGCCAUUUAAUUGUAACAGACCUGAUAAUGCAUCUUCACAUUUUCUAUACAGAGGCUCAAAGCAGAGAAAGCCGAGAUCACACGAUUUCUACAGAAACCCAAGACUCCCCAGCAGGCCACAAAGGUAAGAUUCCUCUGACUGACUAGAUUGAACAAGAAGAAAACAAAAUCUAAAUCACAAAAUGGUGGCAAUUUAAUGUGAAACUUUCUUUCCUUUUUGUCUCUCCCACUUCAGACACUUGCGUCUGCCUGUGAAAAGUUUGCUCCGUUUGAGAUAAAGGAGCAUAUGUGUCUGGCGCCACUGACCCGGGUCCAAUGUGAGGAGGCGGUCCUGGAGGAACUGGACCGGUACCUGGCUAAACCUGAUGGAAGCCUGGACGGCCUGAGGGACUGGACCAGAAAUGAGCCCCGCAGAUCAGGCCAGACCAAGCCCAGAAGCACAGACCCUAUGAGGUGAGACCAUCACACCUGGAAAAAAAUCAAGAGUUUUGCGUGGCCAUAAUAUUAGUGACUUGAAUUACUGAACUCUUGACAUUUUUGUGAAACUAUGAAGAAUCAGGGAUUCCUACGGGAAAGAGGCCAUUUUAUGUAUCCUCCUAUUUUGACUUUGUCGUUGGCCCCUCUUUCUGUUCUCUGCAUAGGGAGUGUAUGGUGGUGGUUGAGGGCCCUAAACCGGACGGUGUGCCUGACCGUCAGCGCUACGGCCGCAUGAAGCUCCUUCAGUUCCGUGAGAACUACCGACCUGCCUAUUGGGGCACGUGGAGGAAAAACAGCCCCCACAUCUCCCCUCGCUGCCCUCUCAGAAAGGACAAGGUGAGGCUUCACUCAUUCUCUGACCAUGAUCCUUUUCAAGCCUUUUACUUCUUAGUUUCUGCCAUAUUGCUCUCAUUUAGGCCCUCUGUAGCUCAGUUGGUAGAGCAUGGCGUUUGCAAUGCCAGGGUUGUGGGUUCGAUUUCCCACGGGGGGCCAGUAUGAAAAUGUAUGCACUCACUAUAACUGUAAGUCGCUCUGGAUAAGAGCGUCUGCUAAAUGACAAAAAUGUAAAAUUGACCCUGUCAUAUUCGAUAUGAGAAAAUAAUGUGGGGGGGGGGAUCGAUACCGUAACAUAUCUAUAUUUGACCCAAGGUAUAGAUUUGUAAUUGUUUUAUUUUAUAAUAAUGUUUUUACCUUGUAUCGUUAGCUAGCGCUAGUCGGCUGUACCUGCGCCAAAACUCUGGUAUUUUUCAUCCUAAAGCUUGUUCCCAUCUUUUUAAAUAAUGAGCCAACAUGUUUUCAGCACUUAUUUCCCUAACUGAUCAAAACUCGUUUUCUCAUGCUCUCUUGUCUCUCUGCAGCAGACAUAUAGUGAGCAAUCGUCAAAUCACAGUAUUGAUUUGCUAUACGAAUAGAAUUGUGAGAAUCGCAAUACAUAUCGUAUCGGCACCUACAGUGGGGGAAAAAAGUAUUUAGUCAGCCACCAAUUGUGCAAGUUCUCCCACUUAAAAAGAUGAGAGGCCUGUAAUUUUCAUCAUAGGUACACGUCAACUAUGACAGACAAAUUGAGAGAAAAAAUCCAGGAAAUCACAUUGUAGGAUUUUUAAUGAAUUUAUUUGCAAAUGAUGGAGGAAAAUAAGUAUUUGGUCACCUACAAACAAGCAAGAUUUCUGGCUCUCACAGACCUGUAACAACUUCUUUAAGAGGCUCCUCUGUCCUCCACUCGUUACCUGUAUUAAUGGCACCUGUUUGAACUUGUUAUCAGUAUAAAAGACACCUGUCCACAACCUCAAACAGUCACACUCCAAACUCCACUAUGGCCAAGACCAAAGAGCUGUCAAAGGACACCAGAAACAAAAUUGUAGACCUGCAUCAGGCUGGGAAGACUGAAUCUGCAAUAGGUAAGCAGCUUGGUUUGAAGAAAUCAACUGGGAGCAAUUAUUAGGAAAUGGAAGACAUACAAGACCACUGAUAAUCUCCCUCGAUCUGGGGCUCCACGCAAGAUCUCACCCCGUGGGGUCAAAAUGAUCACAAGAACGGUGAGCAAAAAUCCCAGAACCACACGGGGGGACCUGCAAAGUAACAAAGCCUACCAUCAGUAACACACUACGCCGCCAGGGACUCAAAUCCUGCAGUGCCAGACGUGUCCCCCUGCUUAAGCCAGUACAUGUCCAGGCCCGUCUGAAGUUUGCUAGAGUGCAUUUGGAUGAUCCAGAAGAGGAUUGGGAGAAUGUCAUAUGGUCAGAUGAAACCAAAAUAGAACUUUUUGGUAAAAACUUAACUCGUCGUGUUUGGAGGACAAAGAAUGCUGAGUUGCAUCCAAAGAACACCAUACCUACUGUGAAGCAUGGGGGUGGAAACAUCAUGCUUUGGGGCUGUUUUUAUGCAAAGGGACCAGGACGACUGAUCCAUGUAAAGGAAAGAAUGAAUGGGGCCAUGUAUCAUGAGAUUUUGAGUGAAAACCUCCUUCCAUCAGCAAGGGCAUUGAAGAUGAAACGUGGCUGGGUCUUUCAGCAUGACAAUGAUCCCAAACACACCGCCCGGGCAACGAAGGAGCAUUUCAAGGUCCUGGAGUGGCCUAGCCAGUCUCCAGAUCUCAACCCCAUAGAAAAUCUUUGGAGGGAGUUGAAAGUCUGUGUUGCCCAGCGACAGCCCCAAAACAUAACUGCUCUAGAGGAGAUCUGCAUGGAGGAAUGGGCCAAAAUACCAGCAACAGUGUGUGAACCUUGUGAAGACUUACAGAAAACGUUUGACCUGUGUCAUUGCCAACAAAGGGUAUAUAACAAAGUAUUGAGAAACUUUUGUUAUUGACCAAAUACUUAUUUUCCACCAUAAUUUGCAAAUAAAUUCAUUAAAAAUCAUACAAUGUGAUUUUCUGGAUUUUUUUCCCUCAUUUUGUCUGUCAUAGUUGACGUGUACCUAUGAUGAAAAUUACAGGCCUCUCUCAUCUUUUUAAGUGGGAGAACUUGCACAAUUGGUGGCUGACUAAAUACUUUUUCCCCCCACUGUAAGUAUUGUGAUUAUAUCAUAUCGUGAGGUCCCUGGUAAUUCCCAGCCCUAACUGGUGGUGACAUCAGUUGUACUGUGACUUCCAUGUUUGAGCUUUCUAUGUAGGACUAAAGUCUGUGUUCCCUCUAGGACCUGUUGGAUUAUGAGGUGGACAGUGAUGAGGAGUGGGAGGAAGAGGAGCCAGGAGAGUCCCUGUCACACAGUGAAGGGGUAGGUCUCUUUUGAAUACUCUUCUGUCAGUGUUUGAUGCUCUGCUGUUCUGUUUGAUAUCAAGAUUAGCUCAUUGUUGCAAACUGAAUCAUUAUAGCUGAUUGUGAGGACCCAAACUGAUUCUUGUUUUUGCAGGAGGAUAAUGAUAAUGAUGGAGGUGAAAAUGAUGAUGAUGAUGAGGAUGGUUUCUUCGUACCACAUGGAUACCUAUCAGACGGGGAGGGGGCAUUGGAGGAAGAGGUACGUUAAAUUGCCCUUAAUCCGUAUGCUUGUCUCAUUCAUUUUCUUUAAUGUUCUUUUCCAGUGGACUGGUUUGACUAAUAACAGAUAUAAAGAGCUUGAAGUGCUUUACAUUGUAAGGGGUGAAGACCUUUAUCCACUACUUAUUUUUAGCACACUUAAUUGCUCCUAUCCCUGUGGUGCGAUUCUAGGAGGGUGGCGACCCAGAGAAGCAGAAGGUGCGUCAGAAGCUGAAGGCCCGGGAGUGGGAUGAGCUGAUGGCCAAGAAGAAGGUGAAGGUGCUAGAGGCUGUGGUGAGGGGCUGUGUGUGGGAGGGAGAGGGUCCCCAUCUGGAGCUCUUCCAGCAGUUCGCUGUGUGCCUGCUGGAACCCCUGCCCAAGCCAGAGCCCACAACCCCAGAGGACAACACACAGAAACUACAACAGAAACUACAAGAAGAUGAGCAGCGUGAGUACAUUCUUAUACCUGGGGGAACAUCAUGCAUAAAAGCAGAGUUCAUUUGUCUCUGCAAUAUUGUCUUUUACACCUUUUCGGCCUUAGCCUUGUCACUGCUAAGUGAUCAUUUGAGUCAUAAUGUUUUACUGACUGAAGUGUGAUAAAAUGUAGGUCUUGGUUUGUAUGGAAAAACUGACCGGGUAUGUUUGUCUUUGAUAUGCUUAUCUGAGUUCUUACAGAAUGAUGUAAAUUAGUAAUUUGGUUGAGCCAUGUGCUAUUCGAAUAGUGUCACUAGCUAGGUUUCCACCCAAUUGGCUACAGAUUUUCAGGCGAAUAUUCUAAAAUUCGCAUAAAGAAAAUAUGUGCGUUUUCCCACCAGUGGUGUUUCCACCAAACUGACUUGUUGCAGAUAAAAAUAUGUGCGUGAUGACUUAGUGCACACAAUGUAAUUGUUCAUUUACUGAAUAGAAAUCUGAAGUUCAAUGUGUUUCCAUCGCAUUUUCGACUCUACUGAUAGUUUUGUCACAAAUUGUUACAUUAAUGAAAUAGCAAAUGUGCCUACUCUGGUCUUGGCACAUGCACUCUAGCCAACCGCUAGAGCUCAAGAUACAUUAUGAGAUUAUUAUGGAUAUUUUUAUUUGUCAAACGGCAGUCAAGCAUCGAUCAUCAUGUCACCAAAAUAAGACCCUCAAUAUUUAUUCAAGAUCACCGUGCACUUUCACCACCCUGUGAAGUUCAUCAGAACUUAUUUAGUUUGUAGUCUAAUAAAUGGCAUGGUUUCCCUAGUCAUAGUGGGAAGACAACACACCAUAUCAUCGCGUGACUACAAGUUUACUUCGAUAUGAUGGUUGUUAUAUCAAUAUUUGCGCAUAAAGGCGUUUCCACCACCAUUUCUCGCAUAAUACAUUUUACAGACAAAAAGAUUAUCUGUCGCCAUUUAUAAAAAUGUACAGAAAAUUCCUGUUUCCAUCACAGCUGUUGUGAUUUUUUUUUUGUUGUGCGGUAUGACUUUACUCGCAUAAAAACUUGUGAUGGAAACGUGGUUAGUUUUGGCUGACAUUAUUUGAGAGUAGCUCUGAAUGGUUAAACUGUAGUUACCUGUGCCCUAGCUGACUUCAGCAUGCAUUUAUGUCUACACCAGGGGUGUCAAACACAUCGUUUUUUCCCGGGGGGGAAAUUACCUCAAUCUACAUUGAAAUGAAUAACACCAAAUCGAAACUGUAGAAAUUAUAAUAGACCUACAACUAAACAGUCUUUACUCUAUCCGCUUGGUAACAAUCACCAAAACAAAAGCUACACAGACAGGGAGCGUCAAAAUAAAAUACAAAUGGAUAGAGCACCAUCUUUUAGCAAAUUUUGACGGAAAGGAAAUAAUUUGGAUGGAAAGGGAAUAUAACCCAUCUUUAGUGUGGCCCUCCUGACCUCGGUAAAGACCGAAAGCAGCCAAAUGACUUUACCCCUGGUCUACACCAAAAUCUAUAUUUUGAUUGUGGUGAUGGAUGGAACACCCAAGACUGACAUGAGAUGUACCUGUACUCAUCACGAAGCACUCAUUGACAGCUGUCUAGACUGCAAGGGAGACUGACGUCUAAACUAAAGACAAUUCACAAUCUCAUAAGAGAUCUGUAUUGUUUUCAGACCAGCUUUAUAUGCGGCAUCGAAGUCACUUAGUAUUUACUGUGCCAACAGUUGAUUGUGAACUGUCUUCAUGGCUGACCUGAGAUGCUCAAUAGCUGCUUGAGGGAGUAUAUGUUCAUAUUGAAUGCCACCUUUCGCCCAAACUUUGCAUGAAUAAGCCUAGAUGUAGAAUGUGUUUUUAAAAACCUUCCUAUCUCCCAUACCAUAUCUUCAGUGCUGUUCCAGUUGUUGCCACUGCUCCAUGGAAAUGUGAACAGCAAUAAGGUGAUCAUCACAGAGUUCCAGGAGUUUUGUCGCCAGCAAUCGACCUCGCCCAUCUCCAGCCCUCAGAACUUAGGAGACAACAUCCCCACCAGGUGACUUCAUACCUGAUUUUACUUAACGUUUCCUAUUUUACAGAAUUAGUCAGUCAUUAUUAAAUGUGCAGAUGCUUUAUAAAAAUGUUCAUUUUUCAUAACUGAAAUGGACUUCCGUCCUCUUCUGCUCUAGGAUCCGUCUCAAGCGCCUUAUCAAGGGGAAUGCUAUGUAUGAGAAACGCUCAGCCUACAGACGCUGCUGCUGGUACGUAAAAUCAGAUGUCCUGGCUCGCUUCAUCCAGGAGGCCCUCCCUGUACCCUGCCAGUGGAACUACCUCACCUCAGGGACCCAUGUGCCCCGUGAAGAGGCCCCAGCGGCCACAGGCUCACAGGGCAACUCCCCAACCACCCCCCAGCCCUCCACCACACCCUCCUCCUCCAAGACCCCCUCCAACAAGAGGAAGAGUGCCGGCAGCAUGUCCAUCACCAAGUUCAUGAAGAAGGCUGCCAACCCGGAGCAGGUAGGACACGUCUGGUGAAAUCUUCAUAUGAGGUACUUUUGUUCUGAUCCUAUUGCUUUGACCGUUAUGUCAGAUCCUAAUGAGUACUCCUUUCUCUCAGGCAGAGGCGAUGAAGACGGACGGGUUCCAGGCAGACACAGAGGAAGAUGAGGAUGAAGCAGACUGCGUCAUAAUCAGCACACACAAAGGUCAGUUUCCUGGCAUAUUGUCUGCCUUUAGACAUGAGUUAAGAGGAAUUGAGAGACACAGAGUAAUAGUUUGUCCUAGAUAUUUCUAGGAGGGGAGGCAUUGACAGUGAAUGUCUUCCUCUGCAGGAUCCUCCAGAAAAGAUACCUCGCCCACAGAGAACGAGAGCACAGAACAAAUGGAGGUGACCCCCUCUGACACAGCUGCUCUCCUCCUGCCCCGGGCCACUCCCACCCUGGCCACCGCCUAAUGACUGCCCCUGACUCUGGGUGUGUGCAUUUGUCACAGAUAGAAUCAGGUCUUCAAUCAAGAUAACACACUCUGGUAGUGGCACAUAUGCCACCCACACGGUAUUACACCCCCACUCUGCUCCUCUAAGUACCAGACAGCUGCCUGUAAAAAGGAAAGUGUCUGACAAAGAAACUCAUUGUGUAUUUUGUUCCAAUGUUCAACCAUUCAUUACUUGGUUCAGUUGUCAGACAUGUUUAUAUGGAUGUCUUUGCUUGGUGAGGAGUGGAAGGUGGCUCAGACAGUCAAGGCUCUGCUACCACAGCCAAUUGAGUGGACCAGGCCCACUGAAGUAGUUGCUUUCUGCUUCACCGUAGGCCCAGUGUCCUCCUUUUUAUAUAUGUAUUUGUUUUAAAAUAAAUAAAUACUUGAACUGGUUGAAUUCAUUAAAAAUAAAUAAUGAUUAAAUGUAAUGCACUUUUAUAUGCCCUCCUCCCCCUGCCUUAUCUGGAUGCCUUUAUCAACAUGCCACCACUCAUCCUUCCUAUCAAGAAGUAGUUCAUGUUUUGUUAAUGGAUUUCAUUCAAUAUGGCAAGUGCUGUUGUCUUUCAGGCUGCUAAACAGUGCUUAUUGUACUAUUCUAAACUUCCAUUUUGUGUGUUCUUAAUAAUGGUUGAGGUGAAAUAGUAAAUGGCCGUCCAUUAUUACAAACGUUGCGGUUUGCCUUACAUUUUUCAGUGGCAGAGAAUGCUGUCCUGUCCUAACUGUUGCAGUUUGCAGGUAUGAUUAAAGGUGUC